AUGGUUAAUUUCUCAUCUCAAUUCCUUUUCUCCAUUUUCCUCUUCCAAUUUCUCCACCCCAUUUCUUCAUUCACCUUCCCAAGACAACCCAAUUUCGAUCCCCAACUUUCCCUAAUCGGUGACGCCGCUUUCGUCUCCACCGACGCUCACGUCAACGGCGGCGCUUCCUUUGUCAAAUUAACCCGUCCCAUCGCUUCCAGCUUCGGCCUUCUCUUGCAUAAUAAACCCCUAACGAUUCACGAAUCGACCUCGUUUAAUACCCAUUUCACUUUCUCUGUCUCGCCAGAGAACGGCGACGGCCUCGUUCUUUCACUCUUCCCCGGAGGCAUUUUUCCCGACGAGGUUUCUCCGGAGAAAUGGGUUCACAGUAUCCAGUUUGUUUCUGCUAAUUUGAGUGAUGGGUACGUGAAACCGGAGAAGGGGAUUCUCUUGCCGAACAAUGGGGGAAAAUUUACAUCAUGGGUCGAUUACGAUUCGAAAAUGGUGGAGAUCAGGUUGGGUAAAUACGGGGAAUCUAGGCCUUAUGAUCCUUUAUUGGAAUACCCAAUUGAUUUGGCGAUUAAAUCUGGUGGGAGAGAAGUGUUUGUGGGAUUAAGUUCGUGGAAUAGCAAAUCAAGUGAGUGGAGCAGAGUGUUUUCAUGGCGAUUUGGUGUUAGAAAUGUUCAUAAAUUGAUGCAUUCUUUGCCGGUGGAUCCACGGCGGGGUUCUGAUGAACAGGAUCAUUCUUACCCACUUACCAUUUUUGCUUGGGUGAUCUUUGGAACUGGGUGUGGUGCGUUAAUGGCGUUUUUGGUACUGUUUAUGUGGGCAAUUGCAGGGAAUAGAAAUGCCAUAUUUGGAGGUGAGCCACAAUCUGUCGAUUUUCAAUAUGAGAAGGUUAAUGUAGUUGUAGAGGAAGGAUUUAAAGAUGUUGAAGGUAGAGGAUGA